AAAACAUCGCAUUUAGAAUAAAUCCGGAUAUAAAAAAUAAUCGAGAUCAAUUGAUUCAUUAAGUAGCGGACGAAAUCAUUUAUUAUUUUCUAAAUUGUAUUUUAAUACCAGGACUAAGUACUCGAUCCCAGAGAAAUGUUUUGUCAAUGACAGACGCUUGCAAAUGUUAGUUAAAGUCAUGGCUUUGGUCAAACAAAGUUAUUUUAUUGCGGGUCGUUUCUCCAGCAACCCCCGGUGGUUGAAUCCCAAAUGCAACCAACAUGUGUUCGCCGUCAGCGGACUGACCACAGCGGCCAGGUCAUCCCAGACACCGAAGGACCGCAAGAAGGAGCUGUCCGAUGACGGGCCCGACCUCCAGGACUUUAUAUCCGGGGAGCUGUCUGAGAAGAACAACUGGGAGGAGUACAGGGGUAACCUGAAGAGACAGAAGGGAGAGAGGCUGAGACUUCCCCCGUGGCUGAAGACUGAGAUUCCUAUUGGCAAGAACUAUAACAAGCUGAAGAACACCCUGAGAGACCUCAACCUGCACACGGUGUGUGAGGAGGCCAGGUGUCCUAACAUUGGGGAGUGUUGGGGAGGAGGGGAACAUGGUACUGCCACAGCCACCAUCAUGUUAAUGGGGGACACAUGUACCCGUGGCUGUAGGUUCUGUUCUGUGAAGACCGCUCGUCAGCCCUCUCCCCUGGACCCAGAUGAGCCCUAUAACACAGCCAAGGCCAUCGCUGCCUGGGGUCUGGACUAUGUGGUUCUGACCUCUGUGGACAGAGACGAUAUCGCUGACGGAGGGGCGGAGCAUUUUGCCAAGACCGUCUCCAACCUGAAGGAGAGGAAGUCCCAGAUCAUGGUGGAAUGUCUGACCCCUGAUUUCCGAGGAGACCUGGCGGCGGUGGAGAAGAUCGCCCAAUCAGGGCUGGACGUUUACGCCCAUAAUGUGGAGACCGUCCGCGAGCUGCAGAGACACGUCCGUGAUCCGCGGGCGAACAUCGACCAAUCCCUGAAUGUCCUGCGUCACGCCAAGGCCGUCAAACCAGACAUUCUCACCAAGACCUCCAUCAUGUUGGGUCUCGGAGAGACGGACCUGCAGAUUUAUAACACACUGACUGAGCUGAGAGAGGCAGGAGUGGAUUGUCUAACACUGGGACAGUACAUGCAGCCCACUAAACGCCACCUCAAGGUGGAGGAGUAUGUGACUCCUGAGAGGUUUGUCCACUGGGAGGAGGUGGGGAAGGAGAUGGGAUUCGUCUACACAGCCAGCGGACCCUUAGUGCGCUCCUCAUACAGAGCAGGUGAGUUCUUCCUGAAGAAUCUGUUAGAGAAGAGGAAGGCAGGGGCAGAAUAACCUGAUCACCUGGACUCACCUUUACCUGAAUCCUAAGGGACGUCUCCUCCUUUCAGAGGCCUCUCUCCCUCCAUAAAGCUACUCUACAUACACUGUAUUACAAUAUAAUAUACUACAAUAUCUACAAUAUAAAGUUCUCCGAUCCAGAAUAUGAGCUACUACAGGACUCUGUUCAUGUUGAUGUCUCGUUCUGUACAUUAUAACCAGUGAUGUAGUGGGGGGUAAUUACCUGGGAAGAUAAAGGGGGUAAUUA